AGAAUUAAGCAAGAUGCCUUCAAGAACUGCCCAGAUUCGCUUUGUAAGUUCACAUCCUGAAGUUUAUGAACCAUGUGAUGAUUCAUUUGCCUUGGUUGAUGCACUGCUAGCUGAUCGAACCAACUUGUUAGAACACCGUCCUACACUAUGCAUGGAAAUUGGUUGUGGUAGUGGGUACAUUAUCACUUCCCUAGCUCUUAUACUUGGACAGGAGGCUAAUGGGGCCUACUAUAUGGCCACAGACAUCAACCCUCAUGCAGUGAAAGUGACUCGUGAGACUCUGGACGCGCAUGGGGUUGAUGCAGAGUUGAUAACUACUGACAUUGCCUCUGGACUAGCGAGGCGAUUGGCAGGAUUGGUGGAUGUGAUCGUCGUGAACCCACCUUAUGUGCCAACACCUGAAGAGGAAGUGGGUCGUGGUGGGAUUGCCUCUGCUUGGGCUGGAGGGGAGAAUGGCCGGAGUGUUAUUGAUAAGAUAUUGCCUAUUGCUGACAUUCUUUUGUCAGACAAGGGAUGGUUGUAUAUGGUUACGCUUACAGCAAAUAGUCCCUCAGACAUUUGCCGUCAAAUGAGACAGAAGGGUUAUGCUUCUCGAAUUGUUUUGCAGAGAUCAACAGAAGAAGAGAGUCUCCACAUUGUUAAAUUUUGGCGCGAUUUUGAUACUCAGGGGGCAGCAAGUGACAUUUAUAGUGUUAAGAAAACAGGUCAUGCUAAUCUCGUGGAAUCUCUGCUUUCACAGUGUUCUCAGUUAUCGUUCUGGAGACAUAAUAAUGGCAAUAGUAGCUGACGUAUUAAAAGGUAAGAGAAAAAUCUAUUCACCCAGAUAUUAUUGUGUUCUGUUUUAAUUUGAUUUCUAUAUUGCCUUUCCUUGGUUGGUUGGUUGUUUUCCACCAAAUAGUGGAAACCUCAAAUAGGAAUUUUCAGGGAGUUCGUAAAUUCCCUAGGUAUUCAAUUCAAUCCUUUUCCCUCACGCCAGCUUGCUCUCUUCCAUUGCUGAAAAAAAUCUUUCAAUCUUUCUACUUUUCUUGGAU